CGCAAAGCCUCAUCUUCCUUUCCAAAGCAGCUGCUCCCAAUCUGCUAAACCCCACGGGAAAGGCUUCCCUGCUUCUCCGCUCGCCGAGAAAUGGUAGUAGUAGCGUCUCUCCGGCUGCCGUCGCUGACCUCUCUCUUCUCCGCCUCUUCUCGGUCAUCUCAUCGGGCUCCGGCUGCUCUAUUCCGCCGGCGCCACAGCUGCCGGCGGCAGCCUUUCCUCGCCGCGGCGAAGUUUUCGGCCCAGAGUGCCGCGUCCAGUCCGCCGGAGACCACCGAGGAGCUAGCUGUAAACCAGAAGAAGAGUAGUAAGACCAACCAGGACCGAGUCAUCACCCCUCGUUCGCAGGACUUCAAUGCUUGGUACCUUGAUGUGAUUGCUAAUGCUGAGCUCGCUGAUUAUGGCCCCGUUCGUGGAACUAUGGUCAUUCGCCCUUAUGGUUACGCCAUCUGGGAGGCAAUUCAGGACUAUUUGAAUGUCAAAUUCAAGGAGACCGGGCAUAGCAACAUGUACUUCCCACAGUUUAUACCGUAUUCCUUUAUUGAAAAAGAAGCUAGUCAUGUUGAGGGAUUCAGUCCUGAACUGGCUGUUGUAACUAUUGGUGGAGGAAAGGAACUCGAAGAAAAGCUUGUGGUUCGACCCACCAGCGAAACCAUAGUGAAUCACAUGUUUACUCAGUGGAUUCAUAGUUAUCGUGAUCUGCCUCUAUUGAUCAAUCAGUGGGCAAAUGUCACUAGAUGGGAAAUGCGCACGAAGCCAUUUGUGAGGACUCUCGAGUUUCUGUGGCAGGAGGGUCAUACUGCUCAUGCAACUCCAGAGGAGGCAGAAGAAGAGGCUAUGAAAAUGAUUGAUGUCUAUACAAAGUUUGCUUAUGAGGAGGCUGCGAUACCAGUGGUAGUAGGUAGGAAGUCCAGAGAAGAAACAUUUGCCGGAGCUGUUCGAACAUAUACAAUAGAGGCUAUGAUGGGUGAUAGAAAGGCCUUACAGGCUGGAACCAGCCAUAACCUCGGCCAGAACUUUUCUCGGGCUUUUGAUACGCAGUUUAUGGAUGAGAAUGGCCAGAGGCAACAUAUAUGGCAAACAUCAUGGGCUGUCAGUACAAGAUUUGUUGGUGGGAUUAUCAUGACACAUGGAGAUGAUGCUGGCCUAAUGCUUCCUCCCAAACUUGCACCAGUUCAGGUUGUGAUCGUGCCCAUAUGGAAAAAGGACGAUGAAAAGGUUGGGGUUCUGAAUGCUGCGUCCUCUGUAAAAGAAGUUCUGCACUCUGCUGGUGUGAAAGUCAAACUUGAUGACUCAGACACGAGAACCCCUGGAUGGAAGUUCAAUUUCUGGGAGAUGAAGGGGGUCCCUAUUAGGAUUGAGAUUGGUCCUCGAGAUGUUGCAAGCGGAAGUGUUGUGAUAUCAAGGAGAGAUGUUCCUGGAAAGCAAGGAAAAGUUUUUGGAAUAUCAAUGGAGCCUUCAACUUUAGUAGGUUACGUAAAAGACAAGCUGGAUGAGAUCCAAGCAUCCCUGCUGGCUAAAGCCACAUCAUUUCGAGAUAGGUAUAUUCUCGUCCUAGUAUCGUCUACAGAACAGCUCUGUGAUCUUCCUUCUGAUUAGACAUAGGACAUAUAAGAUUUUUUUUUUCCAUUCAUUGCUUUUCACUCGAGAAAUCAAAUUCACUGCUUCCUUCUCACUCGUUUGCAGUAACAUUGUCGACGUGAGCUCGUAUGAUGAACUCAAAGAAGCAAUAUCGCAGGGCAAAUGGGCAAGGGGUCCUUGGUCCGCAAGCGAUGAAGACGAAGCAAGAGUGAAAGAAGAAACCGGAGCAACCAUCCGUUGCUUCCCGUUCGAACAGCCCGCUGGAACCAAGACUUGCUUGAUGACAGGACAACCAGCUGAAGAAAUCGCCAUUUUCGCCAAGUCCUACUAGCUACAAUACUCUGUCCUAUUGCUGAAAGGGUAACACCUUUCCAGUUCCCAGACCACAUCUACUCAUUACCCAAAUUGGCCAAAGGAAAAUUAAGUUUAAAGCGAUUCGGAGUUUGAUACAUGGGACGUGAACAUGUCUCUUGUUGCCGUUAGUUAUUGUACAAAAUGGUUACAAUUUUUUAAUUUUGCACGUUUCAGUCAAACAAGUUUGAGUGAAUAACAAAGAGAUCAAUCCGUCUACUUCCAUCCGAAAUUCCUUUACUUUUGCCAUCAGCAUGACAAUGUAGAGAUGGUGUGUGUAGAAGAAGAGCUCGAACAUAUCUUCUGAUGCAAGUAAAGCUUAUCGCCCAC